AUGGUUACCGUGAAAAACGGUGGUUUGGGGCACAAUUGCUGGUUUAGUACACUGAGAGGCGAAACAAGGGCAGAACACUGGUUCAACAUACGGCAGGAGUCAGAGGAAGGCAUUUGGAGUUCUGGGCGAGUCGGGGAAGAGAAAAAGGAAUGGUGGUACUGUGCAGGAUGCUUAAUUUCGGUGGCAUCAGGCUAUUUUGCAACUAAACAAAUGGUUGUUGGGAGCGGGAGAAGAGUUGAAAUGUUCAUAAUUUUAAAGUGA